AUGGAACGUAUGAGCGGAGACGAUCAAUCUUUUGCAGAGCUGAUGGAUGUUUGUGGCAAUCACUUUGCAAAACGUCCCAGAACGGAGGAGGAGGACAAGUCAUCAGACCGCCGACCUGCACGAAAGGGACAGAGGAUGCCUUCGCGCUCCUCGGCUUCGGACUUGGGAGAAGAUGGCAGCUUGAUCUCAAUGACAGCAAAGCUGACACUUCGUCAGGAAGACCAGCUGAAUCAGAUCCAUCUCGACAAAAGCUUUAUCUUCUUUGUCCAAGCAGGAAAAGGCAACAUUCUGCCACUGAUGCUGAAGACCUCCACGGACUGGCAUAGGCAACGGGAGUCGGGGCAGGUCACCAACUCGUUGAGGCAACAUAUGUUUCGUUCAGUGUUCGAGGAGCUGGCAUUCCGAGCAUCCAAACUGCCCUUCGGAUCAAACGAUCACGAACUGAUCCGAGCAUUUCAGAACAAGCAAGUAUUGACGGCAACCACCUCAUGGAACUACCUUCAAUGGGACUCCAAAGAGAAGACUCUGAAGCCGGCAGCCCGGGAUCCCCUCCCCUCAAAGGAAGCCGCAGCUUUGAUCCAGAAGAUUCACACUCUAGCGGCUCAGGCGGACCUGAUCCAUCGGUUCUCAGCGCUGAAGCCUAUGCCACAGGAUUCAACAGUGGACUCUGUGGUCGUGCCCUGGAGACUCGACAUCUCCCUGAGGGGCCAGGCGGCACAAGAACUCUACGAUGCCCUACAGCGAUUGACAGGCAGCGGGCUUACGCAGAUGAUCUUAGUUCGAAUCCGACCAUCGACAUUGCAGAGGUCACCAUUGGCUCAGGCCAUUGCCGCUCGCUUGAUGAAAUGA